AUCAAAAGAAGAGUGAAUAGAAAACUAUCGAGUUUAGAAAAUAAACACACAGAAGCUAACGAUGGACAUUGGGUCUCUUUUGCAGGACACAUGUCCUGGAAACCUAGAAGGCAUGUCAUUAUAUUUUUUUAUGACUUUAUUGAACAGUUUAAUGAGUUCCAAAUGCAAAUUAGCUAACCCUAACGACUAUACAGAAGACUAUGCGCCCAGAUUGAAAGAUGGAGAUGAGUUUGACUUUAUAGUGGUAGGUUCUGGUUCAGCUGGAGCAGUGGUAGCGAAUAAGCUAAGUGAAAAUCCCAACUGGAGAGUAUUGGUGCUGGAAGCUGGAGGAUAUCCAUCAGCAACUAGUGAUAUACCAGCACUUUUAUUUAGUGCAUCAGGAACAGAAGAAGACUGGCAAUAUCGGACGCAACCCUCUCCACAUUCUUGCCUAGGAUUCAAGGACGAGCAGUGUAGAUGGCCAAGGGGCAAAGCUCUAGGGGGCAGCAGCAUUUUAAAUGCCAUGAUGUACAUCAAAGGGAAUAAAAGAGAUUACGAAACCUGGGAGGCUCUGGGAAAUACCGGAUGGGGUUGGGACACUGUAAAAGAAUAUUUUAAGAAACUAGAAAAUAUGCAUGUUCAAGGAGUUAGUGAUCAGUAUGGAAGAGAUGGUUAUAUGUUUCUUAAUAGAUUUAUUUCAGAUGAACCAAUUAUGGCCACAUUACAUGAAGCCUUCAUAGAAUUGAACUACCCACAACUACAGGAGGAAAAUCCGGCGAACCCUCUAGGAACAUUGACAGCUUUUCAAUGUAUCAAAAAUGGAAUUAGAUUCAAUACAGGCAGAGCUUUUUUGGGCCAAGUUAAAAGCAGAUCAAACCUCAUGAUUGCUCUGCACUCUUUUGUUCAGAAAGUCAUAAUAGAUCCAAAAACUAAAACAGCAACGGGAGUACAAGUCAAAGUGGGCGGGAGAAUAAUAAACCUUAAAGCUAAAAAAGAGGUAAUAGUUUCUGGUGGAACUAUCAAUUCGCCACAGUUGUUGAUGCUGUCUGGUGUAGGCCCCAAAAAUCAACUAAAAAAACUGGGAAUCGACCUCAUCAAAGAUUUGCCAGUUGGUGAACACUUAGAAGAUCAUGCAUUGCAUGCUGGAUUUUACGUAGCGCUGAAUCCUGAAAUACAGUCAAUGGGUAAUCAGUUGGAUACGAUCUACGAGUACUUUACCCACCAAGGAGGAAUAUUAGGAACCAUCGGGAUCACCAAUUUCUUGGCUUUCAUAAACACCAAAAAUGACUCACGAUAUCCAAAUAUGCAACAUCACCAUAUUCUGUAUCCUAUUAAAGAUAAUUAUUCGGCAUCAGCGUUCCCAACAUCAAUUGGACUUAAAGACGAGAUCCUAGCAAAUAUAAAGGAUGCGAUCAAAGAAAGGCCACUCCUACAAAUUCUCUCUACUCUAAUAAAUCCAAAAUCUCAUGGAAAAAUUGUGCUAAACAGCAGCAAUGCUGAAGAAAAACCUUUAAUAUAUUCUGGAUAUUAUACAGAUCAGCAUGACGAAGAUAUGACAGUGAUGCUGGAAUCUUUGAGGUUUUUGGAAAAUCUAUUAGGAACUUCCCCUCUGAAAAUGCAUGAUCCACAAAUACUACAGUUAGAUCUUCCAGAAUGUAACACAUUUGAGUUCCGUUCAGACGACUACUGGAAGUGCUCUCUAAGAUACCUCACUACAACUGUCUACCAUCCCACAGGAACCUGCAAGAUGGGACCCACGGACGAUGGAACUGCUGUGGUUGAUCCCGAGUUAAGAGUGUUUGGAAUUAACAAGUUGAGGGUGGCCGAUGCUAGUAUUAUGCCUAAUAUAGUCAGUGCUAACACGCAUGCGCCCACCAUGAUGAUUGGUUAUAAAGCAGGACUAAUGAUCAGCGAAUAUUGGAAUGGUAAAUAUAGUUCUGAGUUGUGGAUGUUUGUGGGUGUAGUUUUCCUGUCUGUGCAUUUGGAUGAGAAUGCUGGGUGUUUUCCACCACAGUUAGGGCAUUUGGGUACAUCUGUCAAAGGGCACGCAGACGAUCUGUGCUGUAGUCCACAGAAUGGAGAGAUUGUGACGGGUUGUAUGCACUCUGUGACUGUGCAUAGAUGUCCGCUUUUGCAGCAUCUCGAGCAGUACAUCAGAAAGCUGGGAUCAGUGUUGCUCCAUCUAGGAACCUCGAAAUUCAAUCGCUCUGGGUCUAUUCUGAUACCACUCGAGGGGGCAUCAGCGAACAUGGUUUCAGAGUACGUGAAUACUCUGACGAAUGAGUCAGUUAUCAUGGAUUUAACAAAUACAUUACAUGAUGCCUGUCCAGGAAAUCUUCAGAGCGGGGCUGGAUACCUUUUUCUUACUUUAAUUAAUACUUUGCUUCAGACCAAAUGCCGACUCGGUUUACAAAAAGUGUACAAUGACGACUAUGGUCCAUUGAUUAAAGAUGGUGAUGAAUUUGACUUCAUCGUUGUUGGUUCUGGAUCUGCGGGAUCGGUUUUGACAAAUAAAUUAACCGAAAAUCCCGAAUGGAGGGUUCUACUGCUGGAAGCUGGAGGAUAUCCGUCUGCAUCAAGUGACAUUCCCGCUAUAUUUUCGAGUCUCCAAGGCACAGACGAAGACUGGCAAUAUAAGAUGGAACCAUCAGACACAGCAUGCUUGGGGUUUAAAGACGGAAUUUGUAGAUGUCCAAGGGGAAAAGUUUUGGGUGGUAGCAGUACUAUUAACGCUAUGAUGUACAUCGAGGGCAACUCAAGAGAUUACGAUCAAUGGGCUGAAAUGGGAAAUACUGGUUGGGAUUGGGCCAACGUAAAGGAACAGUUUCAAAGGUUAACGAAGAGUAUUUCCGAAUGUAAAAAUAAGUAUAAUUCAGGAGAACCAAUCAUAAAUGCUUUAAAUGAAGCACAUGAACUAUUGGGAUAUAAAUCUCAAGAACACUACAACCCAGAAGAUCCAAUCGGAGCUGUAACUGGUAAUGUGUGCAUUCAGAAUGGACAAAGACAAAAUACAGCUAAAGUCUUUUUGGGAAAGUAUAAAGAUAGAAAAAACUUAUAUGUAGCGACUCACUCAUUUGUGGAAAAAAUUGUAAUAGAUCCAGUAACAAAGAUAGCAAGUGGAGUAGUAGUAAGAAUACAAGGAAAAACAUUAACAGUUCAAACAACCAAAGAGGUUAUUGUGUCAGCUGGUGCUAUAAAUUCCCCUCAACUGCUUAUGCUAUCAGGUAUAGGCCCAAGGAAGAAUCUGGAACAAGUAGGGAUUAAUUUAAUAAAAGAACUACCAGUUGGAGAGAACCUUCAAGACCAUUUAAUACACAUAGGGUUCGAUAUCGCUCUAUCUUCAGACUCAAUUUUACCCGAACACAAAACUGAAAAAAUGCUUGAUGAACUAUAUAAGUACUUCAUGCACCAGACUGGAUAUAUGUCUACAGUUGGUACAUUCCACUAUUGGGCUUUCGUUAACACAAAAAAUGAUUCCGAAUUUCCUAACAUGCAGUAUCACCACGGAUUUUUUAGCCAACAUGAUAACUUAAUGUUGCCAACCAUUUUUUCCAAGGCGAUGGGAGUAAAUGACGAAGUGCUUAAAAGCAAAUUAAAAUAUUUAAAAUCUAGUAAUUUAUUGGUGAUUUUUCCAACGUUACUUAAUCCAAAAUCAACUGGAAGAGUUCUUUUGAAAGACAAAAAUCCUCAACACCACCCACUUAUUUUUAAUGGAUUGCUAUCUGAUAAAAAUGAUGAGGAUCUUAACAUUAUGUUGGAAGCAAUACGAUUCUUGGAAAAAUUAAUAGAAACAUCGCCUGUGAAAAAGUUUUAUCCACAAAUAGCAAAAUUGAAUCUUCCUGCUUGCGACAAGUAUGAAUUUAGAUCAGACGACUACUGGAGAUGUUCCAUACGAUAUCUUAGCACACACAUAUACCAUCCCACCAGUACUUGCAGUAUGGGCCCCAAAGAUGAUGGAACCUCUGUAGUCGAUCCCAGAUUGAGGGUGCACGGGAUAAAAAGGCUAAGGGUUGCUGAUGCAAGCAUAAUGCCGAAGAUAGUUAGUAGUAAUACGCAUGCAGCUUCCAUGAUGAUAGGCCAAAAAGCUGCCGAGAUGAUUAAGGAAGACUGGAUAAAUGACCAUGAAGAACUAUAAAACUUAAUUUUUUUUAUUAAUAAUAUUUAAAUAAACUAUUAUCUUUAAUCUAAAA